AUGCCAGGAGCGGACAAGAAAGCCGAUGCCCCUUCCAGCGCUGGUGGAAACAGUGGUGGAUCUUCGAGAGCCGUGCGGCAAAUUCGCAGUGGAGGUGAGCCAAGUAGUACGGCAGGUUCCGGUAGUGGGGUAAAUAGCUCAAAAGGAAAAGGCUCGGUGUCCGGUGGUAGUAACACAACGAGCAGCAGCAAUAGUGUGAUACGAUUCAAGACCACAUUUCGCAACACUAUUUACGACACAAUGCUGCGUCGCGGGUGGAAGGAGACAACGGAGAGUGAUUGGGACUUCUACUGGGCCGACAGGGAAUAUAUCUACGAACUUCUAGACACUGUUCACCUCGAGAACACUCAGCGGGUGAAUCAUUAUCGGAAUGGUCGAGAGUUGUGUCGGAAAGACCUCCUCAUCAAGAACCUGAAGCGCGCAAAGCGACAAAUGGACAAGAAAGCGAGCGAACUCGACACGACUCUGGGUUCGUACGAUUUCUUUCCUGUCACGUACAUUCUACCAGGAGAAUAUGCCAUUUUUGUUGAGGAGUUUAAACGCAACCAGGGCGUUUGGAUCAUGAAGCCCAUUGGAAAAGCCCAAGGUAAAGGUAUCUUCCUAUUCACGAAGCUGAGCCAAAUCAGCGACUGGCGUACAGACUUCCGCUGGCGGCCUGAAAAUCAACAGGUUGAGACGUACGUCGUGCAGCGCUACAUCUCAAGCCCGUACCUUGUUGGUGGCAAGAAAUUCGAUCUUCGAUUAUAUGCACUCGUGCCGUCCUUCUUUCCUCUUGAAAUCUACCUUUUCCGUGGUGGCUUCGCGCGCUUCACCAACUCGCGCUACUCGAAUAAUCACAGCGACAUUGCUAAUUCCUUCAUACACCUCACGAAUGUGGCUGUUCAGAAAACCUCCGAGAACUACAACAAGCAGCAUGGUGGGAAAUGGGACCUACGCAACCUGAAGCUCUACAUGAUGUCGAAACAUGGCCCAGAACGAGUCAACAAGCUUUUCUACGAGAUUCAGCUUGUAAUUAUCAAGUCUUUACUAAGCGUUGAAAAGAUCAUCAUGAACGACAAACACUGCUUCGAAUUGUACGGCUACGACAUCAUGAUCGAUGAAAACCUCAAGCCGUGGCUGUUGGAGGUGAACGCUUCGCCUUCCCUUUCAGCCAACACUUCAUCAGAUUAUCAGCUCAAAUGCGGGAUGUUGAACGACAUGCUCGAUAUAAUCGACCUCGAGAGCAGGAGACCUGAAGGGGUUGUCAAGGAGCAUGUGGGAGGCUUUGAUCUCGUGUACCGAGACGGCAAUGUCGUCAAAAAGAAUGAAGGUUGCAUGUAUACGACUUUCCUGGGGGCAGACUGGCAGCGAACACCCGCAACGAGAACAGGCGGCACCAAUAGUACCUAGAGAUGAGGUCUGGACAAUUAAAGCAGCCUGCCUUAGGCAGGCCUAUUAGCAUUGGUAAUUUGGCCAUGAGAGACACACUAUUCUCCAACAAAACACGGCCACUUCUGCUUUCGCUUCCUCUCCCUGUGGAAAAAAGCGGUAUGUAUUGGCAUCGCCAUUUAUCUGUACCUCGUUGACUAGAUUAGUUUUGUGGGUUGGGUCGAAUUCGUUUUGAUUUUGGUCGGCGCUGCACUCAAUUCAGUAUCAGAGCAGCUAGGAUAGCUCGGCUGCAUUCGUCGGUGGUUGUGUCGGUGGACUUACUAAGUGAAAAUACUCACGAUAACAAACUAAUGGGAGAGAGGAAAGAGGAGGAAGGUCUUUGAUCGCCCUCACUCCCCACUCGCCAUCAAAAAUGAACUCCAAGGCCGGAAGUCGCUUGGAUAGGCUAACCGAAGUUAAAUACCUGCGGAGUUGGG